CAUUCCACCCAGUGAGAAGCCUGGGAGGGACAAGCUCUGGACUGAACUGCGUACUGCUGCCUGUCACUAUCUAGGGUCACUUCUUCACCUGCUAGAUCAGCUGUGGAGGUCCUGGUCCCCUCUCCUCCUCUACACCUUGUACUUUUAGACUACUCAUAUUUGGAUGAUCUGGAAACUUAAUCUCAGAAGAAGUUACUUAACCAGUGACAGCCCGCAGUGUGUAUAUGACAUCUGUAUAUGACAGCAUCUUCUCAGAACACCAGGAGAAGUACCACCACUAUGUCACCGCAGUCCAUCAUCUGAAUCAGAACUGACCGUCUUUUAUCGUCAUAAUUCAUUGCCGCACAGUGAUGGAUCAGAACUGGAGAAGAUGCUGCUUUUGGGUUUGUUUGAUGGGAUUGCUGGCACUCAGUGGCAUGGCCAAAGGUGGGUGUGUGGAGGCUGGAAAGUGCUGCAAAGGCAGAGAUUUGACUUGUGUCAGCAAGGGCUGGAGAAUGGACAGGGUAUAUGGGACCUGCUUCUGUGAUCAAGUGUGCACAUCAGCCAUGGACUGCUGUCAUGACUACACCCAGGCAUGUCCAGCUCGUGACUGUGUUGUUGGUGAAUGGAGCCAUUGGAGUGGCUGUGCAAUCCAGUGCAGCCCAACAUAUAGAGUGCGCAGUCGUCAAGUGUUACAGGAGCCUGAAAAUAGGGGAGAGUCGUGCCCACACCUACAGGAGAAGGCCGGAUGUCUGGAAUAUUUCACAAACCAGGGCAUUGAAUGUGGACAUCUAUAUGUUCCUGCCUUCAUUACUACUUCUGAAUAUAACAAAGAAAGAAAGAGGCGCGCUGUGGCGAUAGACUGGGCAUCCAAUACAGAGGAUUCUGGGUACUGCGUUGAGUUCCAGAUUGAAUCCUUUUCUCCAGCCUGCUUGACUCAGGAUGAACCACAUGCUCGCUGGAUGCUGUAUAUCAGAGAUGGCUACACUGUGUGUGUGGCAUGCCAGCACCCUGCAAUGAAUGUCAGGAACCAUCGGUGCUAUGGAGACGGUAGUGGUGCUAACAGGGACCAAAUUCUUCACUGGCAAGCUGUGGGAAAUGGCAAGUGUCAUGGAACCUGGAAAAAAGUUAGAGAGCUUGAGAAGUGCUCCUGCCCCUUGGUUCAUAGCUUUAUUUUUACAUGAUUUAGGUUAUGGAACCAUGUAAAGGAAAAUAAGCUAUUUUAUAUAUUUUUGUAAGUAUUAUAGUUAUACUAGCAUGUAUGAAUAAACCUAACAUCCUUUAGGUAAGACCACAUGGGGCAGAACUUAGUGGCUGCUUACAGUUUGUAAAUAAAUGGCCACACGUUUUUUUGGGGGAGGGAGGGGGUAGUUGUUUCCCAGAAAAUUAACAACCACUUAACAUUCCAGUGUGCAAAGAGGUAUCUCCCAAGGAAAAAGAACCAUCUCGCUAGCACGACCUUGUGGAAGCAGCUCCCUACGAGUUAUAAUCCAACUUUACAAAUGGAUAUUUGGCUUGGCUAUUUUCCCUUGUCACGUGCCAA